AUGACGCCUGCAAACUGCCUAUCUGGCUGCCUGACACAGAUUCCCCCUAGUUCUUUUCAGCAGGCGUAUGACAGAUCAAAGAGAGGCUUGAGAAGGUUAAGUGGAACCUCGGCCUCCUUCCUCCAGCGACAGCGCGCUCUGACAACCCUGGGACAGUCGCCUACCUACCUGCUCAGCCUCCUCCUUCCUCAGGCGAGCGGGGCUGUCGCCUUGCUACUUUAUUGUCUGCACUGCGCAGCGCGCGGGACCCGGGGAACCCGCUCCGCGCCAGUCCCGCAACUCCACGGCGCGCGGCGCCUUCCCCCGCAGCAGCUGUCUUCCUCUCGGUCCUCCUCCUCUCCUCCCAGGCUUGGGCUCAGCGUCGGAGCCGCGCAGCCCAACUCCGCUGCGGCUAGCUGGGCAGCUAAAGCCCGCAGCAUCCCCUGGCCCGGUAUCCUCACUAGGAUACCCACGCUCCGCAGAGGAGCUCCGAGCCGAGUGUCCCCACCUCCCUCAGUCCAGCCUCUGGCCACUGUCAGCACCGGCUUUCCCCGCUCUCUCGGCACUGCCCCCGCCCGUCGCCUCUCCGGGGGCCAGGGCGGCCCUGCCAAUGAGGCUCGGCGGAUGCGCUGUUCCGGCCCAGUCAUUGUAUCGGGAGGAGGAGGGGUAGCGGAGCAGGGAGGGGGCGCUCGGCCCCGCGGUUGCAGCUCGCCUGGCCUUCUGCGCGCGCACAGGCGGCGGAUCGCAGCCCUACACAAUCUGAGGCAGGGAGAGGACCUUGAUUUUCCAGGCUCGGAUAUCAGUGCUGUUGAUGGGAAAGGAACCUAACAGGGAGAAGACAAGAUCUGAAGUGACAGACACUUGAGGUGGCUUGGUGUAUGAUAGAUAUUGUGCGUGCCUGGUGUAAGUUUUAAUUAAAUUUUCUUCUGAUGCUGAAUGGACUGUU